CAAUUGGUUGUGUUUACUAAGAAGCGGUACCCUGCUCAACUGAAACUAAAGCUGUUGAAAGAUGACAUAAACCAAUCUUUAUCUUCUAAAUACCUUGGGGUCUGGUUUGAUUCUAAGUGUACCUGGAAGACCCAUAUUGAUUAUUUGUUAGAGAAAUGCCGAAAAAGGAUCCAUUUUCUCCGUUCUAUCUCCGGAACAUGGUGGGGCGCUCACCCGGAAGACCUCAUCAAACUAUAUAAAACGACUAUUCUCUCUGUUUUAGAGUAUGGCUCUUUCUGCUUCCUCUCAGCAGCUGAGUGCCACCUAAUCAAAUUGGAACGAAUUCAAUAUCGUUGUUUGCGUAUUGCCCUUGGCUGUAUGCAUUCAACGCAUAACAUGAGCCUGGAGGUGCUUGCUGGAGUCACUCCUAUAAAGCACCGUUACUGGGAGCUCUCACUUAGAAUACUGAUCAAAUGUGGAACAAGUAACACACUUGUAUUAGAAAACUUCGAUAAUAUGCUUGAACUGGUUCAUCGUUCAAGAUACCUGCGAGUCUAUCUCAACUACAUAUCGUCAGAUCUCUGUCUUCCAUGUUAUAAUCCACCUCGAGUUCACUUCGUCAACGACAGUUCCUCAAUUGAAUACGAUCUGUCCAUGAAACACGCUAUUCAAGGAAUACCAGAUCAUCUUCGACAAAUAUCUAUCCCUUCCAUUUUUUCUGAAAAAUAUGAACAUGUCAAUUGCAAUAACAGAUAUUUCACUGAUGGUUCUCGCAUUAACGGAUCCACUGGCUUCGGUGUUUUCAACGUAAAUUCAACCACCUUUCGAAAACUUCAAGAACCGUGUUCGGUUUAUGUUGCUGAGCUGGCAGCAAUUAAUUUCGCUUUGGGGAUAAUUUCCGAUCAGCCCGUAGACCAUUAUUUCAUCUUCUCGGAUAGUCUUAGUUCUAUCGAGGCACUCCGGUCGAUGAAACCUGUUAAGCACGCAUCUUACUUUCUUACAACUGUAAGAGAGCAGAUGCGUGAUUUGGUCGAAAGAUCAUUUAAGAUUACCUUUGUAUGGGUCCCAUCCCAUUGCCUAAUCUAUGGCAAUGAGAAGGCGGACUCGCUAGCAAAGGUGGGCGCACAGGAAGGUGAAGUUUAUGAUAGACAAAUCUCGAACAACGAGUUUUUCCCAUUAGUCCGUCAGAGUACUCUUCAAAAUUGGCAAAUGAUUUGGUCACACAAUGAACUUGGACGGUGGCUCUUUUCCAUAGUUCCUAAAGUUUCUGCGCGAGCGUGGUUCAGAGGUGAGGACUUAAGCCGAGGCUUCAUUCGCACGAUGUCGAGACUUAUGUCCAAUCACUAUUCACUAAACGCACACCUCUAUAGAAUAAACCUGGUUGAUAGCAACCUAUGUAGGUGUGGAGCCGGUUACGAUGACAUCGAUCACGUAGUUUGGUAUUGCUCGGAAAACGACGCCUCCAGAGAGCAACUAUUGGAUACCCUUGUGGCCCGAGCUAUGGCCAUCCGGAAGAUGCUCCCUGACGAACCACAACUCGAGCCCGACGCUACGCCAUACCGUUAUUGACGUCAAAUACCCGGAUGAGCAGCUGAAAUACCUCAAACCUAAAUCCCAACCUAGUCCGUCCUGAAAUUACGCAAUCUAACCUUGAGUCGCCACGAGUAUCUUGGUCUAUACCCUUUCCCCUUACUAACUGUUGAUAAUAAGAUGAUAUCGAUUGUAAAUAUCAUAAAGUCUCGGCUCCGUUAAGUGUUAUACACGCCUGAGCCUGUCAAAUAAACACAAUAGAUAAAAAAAAAAAA